CACACCUCCACCAACCCGUCUCCGUUCGCUGAUGUUGGAGAAGUUGCCUGCUGUAGUCGGCGAAAUAGAACCUGAAAGGUGGAAUGGUCGGGACGUGGCCAAAAUCGUCUUCGCUUGUGGCCUCUACGCGAGAGAAAAUGCUAUGGUAGCGGAACUUUUGGUCAACAGAAUCUUUGAAGAGCAACCAUGUGGGGGACAGACGCAAAGUUCGUCUUCGGAUCUUGAGCUUCCGCCUACUGCUCGAUGGGGUUGGGUAACUUAAGGCAAUAAAGGAUCCACCUCCACGACUAUCAAUAAGUACCUUCGGGAACCAUUGUUCUUUUUAGGCUGGUUCGUCAGUAGAAGAAUAGGAAUGAUUAUGCCUGCUGCUUACUUCCAUUUCUAACUGAGCACGAUAAACGCUCAAGAUUUCACCGACAUUUCUGUUGGGCUAGCGAAGAUGCGUGCACAGGUAUUGCAGCCAGAGGAAACCGUAGAUGCAGUGUUUGAGGCGCUUUGUGUGGAGUGCAUCCCACGAUACCUUCUGAUGAAGGACGAAUCUUUAAAUAAUGGAGAGCCUACAAGUACAACUUCCGGUUCCCUUUGGCCCCAAAAGCGCAUCCCUAGUAUGCUGUGGGCUGCGGCGAAACUUUCGGUCUUUGAAGGGAUGUCAUCAGAGAACUUUCCCAGAGGACAACGACAAGCUUUGGACUUACUUGACGCCCUUGUCGCAAAGGUGUUACUUCGAAAUUUGAAAUGGGGAGAGUUGAAACCAGCCUUGCUGGCAGAAGCCUAUCUUGGGGCAGUGAACUAUAAAAGCGUUCGUGGAGAAGGUCGUUGUGGGAUUUUUUUAUCUAAAAACAGUGAGACGAACAUCAUGGAGCAUGUUCAUAUUCCACCACGGAUGGAAGUCUUAUCCUUGCCGGUUAUUGCUUCACAAUGGCCUAAGGCUUUUGGGACACAAGCUAGGCUGAAUCUACUUGCAGGAUUGGGAAUGGAACUUGGAGGUGAUGGAAAUGGGGACCUCAGACUCAAGAACACCUCAGCAAGAAAUAAUGUCCUGUUUUCCUUCUUGCAGCGGUCAUUGCAGUGUGGGACAUUGCAGGUCGAUUCGCAACAAGUCGCUUUGAUUGCGAAGCUUGUGAGGGUGGCGACUGCGUCUAUGCAAUCUUCAAGGACCAACGGACCGUUAGUGGACCAGCUUUUGCCUCUGUUACUAACGCAUGCGAGUGAGAGGACAUCAAAGAUGCGACCGCGUAGCAAUCGCGAGGCGCUUGGCUUAGCGGAAGGACUGGUUACCUGCUUGAAUACUGCGGCAAAGAAUGCCAAUAUGACUUCAACUUCGAAUAUUACAGAGUUACUAGCAGCUUUGUUGGAAAAUGUUGCUGGAAGGGUGCUUUUGAUGUCCUCAAGGGGGUCGAACAAGAGGAAUCAGGACGUUAGCUCCGACUCGUCUACGUCUAGCAGAGGUUUCUGUUUGCCAAAGGAUGCUCUCCUUGAUGCCUGGCAGGCAGCCGAGCUUGCCAUAGAGGCGGGCCUGCCGGCUGAUAAUGUCCCGACGAUAGGACACGUGCAAAGCAUACUGCGGGAAGAAGCAUUGAUGUUCUCUGACGAACACCAGGAUCAAAGUAACGGAGAACUACCUACCUCAAUGCAGUUGCUCUCUAGAGCGGAGGAAUUAUCCAGACUCUGUUGGGCUGCAGCGAGACUAGGGAUUAUUGACUCAUCUUUUGGCUCACGCUGUGGUCUUAAAAGUCAGGGAGAAACUCUUGACGAUCUUACAUCUUCGGAAGCGGACGUCGAAGACACAGAUGCCAGACACAUGAAAGAUUGUCCGGCUAAAGAACUAUAUACCGCUACAUUCAUACGGUAUAGUGAGAAAGCCGCUAAGGAUGCGAGAAGACGUGUCAACGAUUGCCUCGACUUGGCGGCUUCAUUGCUUCUAGAAACUUCUCAAAAGAUAAAGAUGGAAGAGAAAGAUACAGUUAAAUCUUCGUCAUCUAGAAGAGAAAGACUGGAACUAUGCUGGAGUCGCUUACGUUUUGCCGCUUCACUAUUGCAUGCGGGAAAGGAUUGGCGAGGAUGGUCGUUUUCUGACGCGUUGGAAUCAUCCGGCAAGGUAGCACAUGUUGCAUCAAGCGACUCUUUGUCACUCUUACAGCACCAAUUCAUAGCUGCUCUCUAUGCAUGGCGCGUUGGCGGAGUUGAGAAGCUAGCGCUUUUGCGACAGCUAAACGGAACUAUGUUGGAAAGCCAUAAGGUCCUCGGUGUUGUUGAGGCGCCGCAACCGAGCGGUCUCCAAUCAGAAGUGGCUAAUGCAGUGAGAACUGCUAUUGGCGGUGGAGGUGUCGACAGCAAUCUUAGAGAUGAGGCAGGCUGUUCUCUACUGCCGAUUGACAUAGUCUUGGAAAGGGCAGAUGAAAGGCAAUCUUGGUGUCAGGACAUGCUUGUUUCGCAACAGAUAACGAUGAAAACAAUUAGUGCCAGUCUGUAGAAGGAGUCUACUGCAGGACGUAUACACUAGUAAUCAUAGACUUGGAGGAGGC